AAAAAAAGUUGAUCGGUUCAGAAAAUUAUUUCCGUAAAUUAAUUGGUAAUUUCGUAACAAUUUAGCAAACAAAUAUUAUCCUAAAAUUGCUCGUAAAUGCAAUUUUAGACAAUUAAGGCUAAAACGAAAUUGUUGAAUAAUUGAAUUUUGAUAAUUAGAACUUUAUUAUGCGGACUGUACCGUAUUAGAACUUCAAUUAAAAAUUUUUUUGGCCAGCUGAUUAGAUUAAAAGUUUUUUUUUAUCAUGAACUUAAUAUUAAAAAAUUGAUAUUUCUUAAAAAAAAGUGUUACGUCUUGGAUGGAAUUUGGCGCUGGCCGGAUUUGACGGUUGAUUUGAAAGUGAACGUAUUGUGUGAACUUAUAUGUAUAAUUAUAAUAAUAAUAAUAAUUAUAAAUGGAUUGAACAGCCAGUGAUAUUGGGAAGAGUACAGAUAACAUAUGUCGGUAAUUGAGUAUUUAGAGUUUAAUGCACACGUCAUCUAACAAACGGACUAAGAUGAAACAAAAGUACCCAUACCUCUCAAUAUUUAUUUUAUAUAUUUAUAUUUUAUAUCAAGCAUCAAAAAUUUUAUAGGUUAUUAAUAUUAUGCAAAGUAUGUUGAUAUAAUUAUUAAACCGUUUACAUUAUUGAAUUUAGUAAUUCAUAAACUUAAGCUAACGAAUAUUUAUUUAUAUAAUUUUUUUUUUUAAUUGAAAUUUAUUAUAAAAAAAAUAAUGAUGAAUUCAGACACAGAAAUUCGUAAAUUAAGACCUGCAGAACUUUAUUCUCUUGCGAAAACUUUAAGUCCAGAUUCUUGGAAAAUUCUUAUGGGAAUUAUAACAAAACAUGGAUCACAAAAUCUUCCUAUGUUUACUAAGGAACAUCUUGAUAUUAUUGAAUCUACUGCAUUGAGACAACAUCGACUAGCAGCUGAAAUUUUUUUAGAUGAAUGGUCAACGAUGGGACGCAAAAGACCUACGAUACGAGAGUUAAUAAAUUUAUUAGUUAAAGUAGAGUUAUUUAGAGCUGCCGAUUAUUUAGCUGUUGAUAUAUUAAAAGAGGAACCACCAAAACGUCCACCAACUGGUCCAGCAGCACCAGUUGAUAUUUUUAUAAAUUUUGAAGAUAUAUCAGACAAUCAACGUCCUGGUAAUCAAUCAACUGUUUUACAUGAUGCUCAAGAAGUUAAUUAUGCCGCACAAUUAAUUAAUAAUGAUAAUUUAAAACACAUAUAUGAAGAAGCGAAAUUUAAUAAUAUUGAAGGUGUGUCGAAAUUUCCAUUUAAUAGUAAAUCUGAUUUAAUGAAAUUUAGCACAAAUAGUUUGCCUGAAGAAAAUAAUGUUAAUAAUUACGAAAUUAAAUAUGGGAUUGAACAAGAAGAUUUUAUUUUACCAAAUUUCCAAGAAUUAAAUAUAAAUCAAGUUGAUGAUAAAACAAACAAUCAAAAAGAAAUAAUAUCAAAUAAUAUACCGGAUUAUAUAUUUCCGAAUUGUCCACAAGAUUUAUCAACAUGUGAAACACCUUGUUCUUCAAAUUUAACCCAGUCUAGUGAUUAUACAAAAGAAAAUUCAAAUUUAACGUCUUAUGUAAGUGAAAACUUACCACUAGUUUUAAAAGAAAUUAAUAAAGAAAUAAAAAGUAAUAGUAAAGAAACCGAUAGUAAUUCAAAUGACUAUUCCCUUUCUGAAGAUUACUAUAAAAACUUACCAAUACCUAUUUUAGAACUAUGCAAACGAUGAUUUAUAAUAUAUAAAUAACAAAUGUAUAAAUUGUAAAUAUAAAGUAUAAAUAUAUUUUUUAAUG